GAACGCCUGCGACCCUCAGGACUCGCCGGCCACACUCACAUAAUAUAAUAAUAUAAUACUUGUGAUUAUAUGCAAAAGUUCGGUGCUGUAGUUCGGUCCAAGUACGCUGUCCCACACCGUUUCCCGGCAGCAGUAUCCACACACACGAUUAAAAAUGCUCAGAUCACAAAUUCGGUAUACAGUGAAACGACAUCGCCCGAUUUUGAGCACAAAAAAAAAAAAUACAUACAGUUGGUCCAACUAAAAAUUAUGGUUAAUAUACACUAUAAAUGUCUAGUUGGAGUAACUAAAUAUAUAGCUGGGCCAACUAAAUGUUUAGUUAAAGCGACUAUACCACAUUUAGUUAGCCCAUCUAUUUAUUUAGUUUUCCAACUAGAAAUGUAUUGUGUUAACUAUAAUUUUAGUUGGACCAACUAUGUAUUUUCUCCCGUGUUUUUUAUCAUAAAAAAAUCAGACCUUUCAUCACCGCAUGACCAGGUAAACACAGUCCCGAACCGCCAACGGCCAGAUCGUUACUUCCAGGAAACAAGAGUCGUCUACCAGUUAAGCCUAAACGAGUCAACUUGAGACUUGUGAGUAUUAUAAAUAAGCAUCCUAUCAAAUUUAGUAUUCUACACACCAAUCAAAUAUUUAUGAAAUAUUUAAAUACUGUACCUAUACAUAACGAGUAUUGUCAAAAUGGAAUUUUCACAGGAAAUCAAAUACUUUAUGUCAUAAGUACUUAUUAUACAUUUUAAAUGUAUUUAUUAUUU